CUGAAGGACGUGUGUUCUCUGAUAUGUGUUUGAUAUCUUUAUUUUCAAGCGAAUGGAGUGGUUUAGUUGCUGUUUCGUGUUGUCUGUGGUUGAUUUUAACAUUUGAGUUCAGAUAAGACUUAGAUUGUGUGUUUGAGUGAGCGCUGUUUCUGGACUCUCAGGAUCCGUUCAGCUGAAUGAUUAGUUUGUCAUUUCCACACAGUGACAGAGUAAGUGCUGGAGAUCUCACUCUUCAUCAUGAAUCACACACAAACACCACAAGAUCAGGAUUCCUCUCCAGGAUGCAGUUCAGUUGAUCAGAAGAGAUCAGAAGCAGACCCCAGCUGUGUGUCUAUGAGGAGUGAUGAUUCUAUAGGUCCUCCACCAAAUCUCAGCUCAGUUCAUCAGAAGAGAUCAGAAGCAGAGCCCAGCUGUGUGUCUAUGAGGAGUGAUGCUUCUUUGCAUCACCCAAUUGACUUUAAGAGUUAUGACACAAGGUCAAUCCUGCAACACAGAUCAGAAACAAAACCCUUCUGUAAGAAAUAUGAUCAGUCUAUGAAUCAACCACAACACAACACGUAUCCUGGUGUGAGUCAUGAAGUCCUAAACAUGUUGAGAUCAAAUCUGAAGCAGAAGUUUGAGCGUCUGUAUGAGGGAACAGCGACACAGAGAAACUCAACACUCCUGAAUGAGAUCUACACAGAGCUCUACAUCACAGAGAGUGAGAGUGGAGAGAUCAGUAAUGAACAUGAGGUGAGACAGAUUGAGACACAAUCCAGGAGAGAAGCAACAGAGGACACAGCCAUCAAAUGCAGUGACAUCUUUAGACCUUUACCUGGACAAGACAAAGCCAUCAGAACUGUGCUGACAAAGGGAGUCGCUGGCAUUGGAAAAACAGUCUCUGUGCAGAAGCUGAUCCUGGACUGGGCUGAAGGGAAAGAGAAUCAGGACGUCCAGCUCAUAUUUCCACUUCCUUUCAGAGAAAUCAAUCUGAUGAAGGACAAAACACUCAGUCUUGCAGAUCUUCUUCAUGUCUUUUUCCCUGAAACUAAAGAAAUGGAGAUAUCCAGUGAUGAAUAUAAAGUGUUGUUCAUCUUUGAUGGUCUGGAUGAGUGUCGUCUGUCUCUGGACUUUAAGAGUAAAGUGAAAGUGUGUAAUAUAUCUGAAUCAGCCUCAGUGGACGAGCUGCUGAUGAACCUCAUUGUGGGGAAUCUGCUUCCCUCUGCUCUCAUCUGGAUCACCUCCAGACCAGCAGCAGCUGAUCUCGUCCCCUCUGAGUGUGUCCAUCGAGUGACAGAGGUACGAGGCUUCAAUCAGCCACAGAAGGAGGAAUACUUCAGGAAGAGAAUCAGUGAUCAGAGUCUGGCCGACAGGAUCAUCUCACACCUGAAGUCAUCAAGGAGCCUUUACAUCAUGUGCCACAUCCCAGUGUUCUGCUGGAUCUCAGCCGCUGUUCUGGAGAAGAUGUUGAGUCGAGCAGAGAGUGGAGAGAUUCCCAAGACUCUCACUCAGAUGUACACACACUUCCUGAUCCUUCAGACCGACAUCAAACACGAGAAGGACUAUGAGAAGAAGGUGACAGAUGAAGACUUGAUCCUCAAACUGGGGAAAGUGGCUUUUGAGCAUCUUGUGAAAGGAAACCUGAUCUUCUACGAGGAAGACCUGAGAGAGUGUGGUAUUGAUGUGACAGAAGCAUCAGUGUACUCAGGAUUGUGCACUCAGAUCUUCAGAGAGGAGCUGGGCUUGUAUCAGGGGAAAGUCUUCUGCUUUGUUCAUCUGAGCAUUCAGGAACAUCUAGCAGCUCUAUAUGUGCACCUCUCCUGGAUAAACCACAACAUAAAUGUGUUUGAGCCAAUCACCAAACAGAGUUUACUGUCUAAAGUGAAAGACUUGUUUCAGCAUGUUUCAUUAUCUGAGCUGCAUCAGAGAACUGUGAAAGAGGCUCUACAGAGUAAAAAUGGACAUCUGGAUCUUUUCCUGCGGUUCCUUCUGGGUUUGUCAGUGGAGUCUCAUCAGAUUCUCCUUCAACGAAUAAUGAAGCUAAAAAGAAGCAGCUCUGACAGAAAUGAGAAAACAGUUGAGUACAUCAAGAAGAAGAUCAGGACCAUUGAGUCUCCAGAGAAAUCCAUCAAUCUGUUCCACUGUCUGAAUGAACUGGGUGAUCGUUCACUAGUGGAGGAAAUACAACAGUAUCUGAAAUCUGGAGGAAUAAAGAAAGCCAAACUCUCUUCAUCUCAGUGGUCAGCUUUAGUUUUUGUGUUGUUGACAUCAGAAGAGGAACUGAAUGAGUUUCAUCUUGAUAAAUUUGUAAAAGGAAAGGAUAAUCCUGAAAAUAUGAAAGUUCUUCAGAAGUUGCUGCCUGUGAUUAAAGAAUCCAGAUCAGUUCAGUUGAGCGAUUGUGGCAUCACAGAUGAAGGUUGUUCUACUAAUGCCGCAUUCCAGGCAACCCAUGACCCGUGUUUUUCCAACAUUAAACCCGUGAAAGUUCACUAG